AUGUCAAUUCUUGUGCUGGAGAAACUGUACCUGAAUCUCAAGGAUACUAUUCCACUUCCGUUACGUGCUGCUCUAUAUGUCUUUGUCUGUUACUGUUGGGAGUUUGGCUCUGGUUUCUUCCUGAAACGUUGGGAUGCAUGCCCUUGGGAUUACGAGAGCUACUUCCACUACCAUUUCAUGGGUCUCAUAACAUUCGAGUACAUUCCUGUCUGGUAUCUCUCAUCAAUUUUCUGCGAAAAGUUUGUAAUUCGUUAUGCAUUGCAAUCGGCGUGGAUGAUUACACCAGAAGAAAAGCGACAAGCAUAG